AUGGACAAUGAAUUGCCUAAAUAUUCUCCAAAUAUGGCUGAAAGGCGGACUUUUGUGAAGGAAAGUGUGACUUUGAAGAAGAAGUAUGGGAAGGGGUAUGACCUUAUUAAAAGGAUGGGAUUUUCUGGAGGAGGUCUGGGAAUAGAUGGUUCAGGUAUGACAGAACCACUUACAGUAAAUAUCAGAUCAAAAAAUCAGGGUCUAGGUAUAUUAGAAGGGUCAAAUCUACAUUUGGGAAGUGAUACUCCUAAUAAAACGAGCAACACUGACAAUCAGACUAAUAUUAAACGCGUCAAAUUGGUAGAUAUUAGUACAGAUACUAAAGAUAUUGAUGAUAUUAGUCAAUUUGACGAUAUAGAUAUAUGCAAUUGUUCUAUAUUUAGUGAUACAUCAAGAGCACUUUGUGACAUAAAGAAGCAACUCUCAAACGAAAAUGAUCAUUUAAAAAAUCUAUUAUUUGAAACUGAAGAACAACUUAAAAAUUGUCUCAAUGAUUAUAAUAAAUUAACAAAUAGGCUCAGUAUUUUAAGAGAAGUUGAAGUAAUGACUAAAUCAUUAUAUGAGAUUUUCAAAUGUCUUGAACACGAGAUGGUUUUAAUUGAGGAAUAUUAUUUUACUGCUGAUAGUUUAUUUACAAAUAAUAAUAGUGAGAGAAUUGAACUCUCUAUGGAAGAUCAUGUAAAAUUUUUAAAAUCUUUCGAAAAUUCUAUUUUGAACUUUAAUAAAUCUUGCAAGAGCUACUUUGAGAACUACAAAGAUUCUAUAUGCUUAAAAGUAACGAUGUCUUAUCUACCCUUCUUUAAUAUAAUAGAAUGCAUAUUAUUGAGUAAUCUUGAAAAAAUAUACACUAAAUUUUGGAAACCAUCAAUUACUCCAAAUUAUGGUGUAGAGUUGUGGCAUGAAAUUUAUUCUAUUUUUCAGUUGCUUAAUUCUGAGAAAUAUGACUCUGGUGAGUAUGUAUCAAAUUAUGAUAGUCUUGUUACUAAUACAGUUGGACAAGGUCUAAAACAAUACUUUAUGUCAUGGGAUCCUAUAAAUUGUAGUGAGGUUGGAUUAUCUGUACUAGAAAUAUGGUCCAAUUUACUUCCUAGAGAUUUUAUAAAUAAUAAAUUGCUAAAUGGGAUCAUUUGGAAAAGACAUUAUGAACAACUCCAAAUUGAAUAUACUGAAAAGAGAGAUUUAGAAUAUAAUAUUUAUGAUUACAUAAAAAAGAAUAAUAUAGAAUAUAAAUGGCUACUAUUAUGGUUACCAUUGUAUAAUGAAACUGGAAUGGCUACUACAGUAGCCAAGGCAAUAAUGAAUAGAAUUUCAGAAAUAUUAAAGACAUGGAAGCCACCAGAUUUAUGGCCCAUUUAUAUGCUAAAAAUUUGGCGUCCUAUAUUAGAAGUACCCGAAAUUAACCAAGAAAUGGAUUGUAUACUGGAUUCUUCCUUUAAUGAAUUUGAGAAAUUAAUGUCCAACUCAAUAUAUCCAAAGCUUCAAACUUAUUUAAAUGAAUCCCUUGAUAUUUCUAUUGAAAUCCAAAUUAAUGACUCAUGUAUUCAAUAUAUUUUGACUUGGUUUGAAAAUGAAAUAUUGUCUAUCAAUACCUUUGUACAGUUAUAUGCAGAAUGUAUUGGUCCUAAGUGGAUCAAUUGUUUACUACAAACUUUGAAAGAAGUUAGGAAGUACAGUUAUUUAGAGCAGGCAAAUAUUCACAAACGGAAAUCAUUAUGGCUGAAAAUAUAUGAAUGGUAUAAAUAUUGGAAAAUGAAUAUCCCUAAACAAGUACUUUCAUCUUCAAUAGUAAAGACAUUUCUUAUUAAGGGAAUGAUUCUAAUUGAUUUUCACCUUAAUAAAUAUUCAGAAUUAUCUUCUAGUGAUAAAUCCAAGACCUACAGAUGGAUUGACCACAAAGAUACUUAUAUACCAUUUAUAUUUGAAAUGUCCAAAGCUGAGCAAAGUAAUAUUAUAUUACGUAAUACUCUUGAAUGGGUUUGUGGUGAAUGUGGUCUAUCAUUUAAACCUCGUAUAGGAAAGAUGGUUAAUGGCAAGCAAAUAUUUUGUAUGGAAUAUAUAGAUUACUAUAAAUUAAUAACUACAAAUAAUUCUAUGUACUUCAACAUAAAACCUGAAAAAAAUAAGGUACUAUUUUAUAUCCAUGAUGGAGUUCCAUUUUACUUUGACAGUUCCAAUUCAAAGGAUGACUUGAAACUUGAUAAAGAAUGGAAACCUCUAGCGGCCUGCGAUUUACUUUCCCAAUUAGGGAUUACUUUAAAAAGGUAA